AUGUCGUCGCUGCAAGAUAUCGAGGUGGAUGGUGUUACUGCGUUCGCUCCACCACCCGCGCCGUCUUAUCGCUACGUUAUCGAGCUGAAGAGCUCGAAAAUGAGCAUUUGGAUGGAGGACCGGUCCUCCAAGAAGCAAUGGUUCAAGGGUGGAAUGCUUAAGACUGACUAUUUGACGACUGCCAACACAAUUCCAGAUGCGUCAGCGGCUGACUACGUCGAGUGCUUCCGAGAUACACUGGACAGCGACCUUGUUGAUUUAAGUGACGCGAAGCGGAAGCUGUAUGCACUGAAGGGAGGAGCUCUCCGUCUUGAGCUAUCUGUCACGAUUCGGGUGCUUCGCUCAUCGUGGGUGGCGAAAUACGAUCAAAGUUGCGUGACCAACAGGAGGAGCUCGUGA